UACCUUGAAUCGAAAUGGCGAACCAACUGGACCCCUACUGCCUGCUUUCCUUCUUAACUAUAGCGAUGAUUUGCUUCUGGACCAAUUCUAUUGGAGCUAAUCCUGUCUGGGCAGAAAAUGGUAACCACCUGGAACAGAACGAAGUCGCGUUUGAAGCCGGAGAACCAUUAACUGACGAAGAAUUCAACAGCGAUGCUCAGGGGAAGACAGCUUCUGUGGACGGUGCUCAACCGUGGGAAAAACAAUCGUACAACGGGCUGCUAGGUGGUGAUGUGGUACCUGGAGACAAGAAAAACGCCAAUAAGAACGCAGAUUUGAAAUGGCCGAACGCGCAAGUUCCCUACGUUAUCUCCAAGAGUUUUUCGGCGGAAGAUCGUCGAAUCAUCGCGUCCGCUAUGGCAAUGUACCACCAAAUGACUUGCAUUCGUUUCGUGGCACGCGGCACUCAAAAGGACUACGUGAAAAUUAUUCGAAGCCGAGAAUCGACGAGCGGACAGCAAAACAAUCCCGGCUGCUGGUCACUAAAAGGGAGAGCUGGAAACGCGCAGGAAUUGAGUCUUGACGGCGCAUGCGUUAACCGUGCGACAGUGACUCACGAACUUAUGCACGCCCUUGGAUUCGAUCACGAACAAGAACGACCUGAUCAAAAGAAUUUCAUUGUCGUGAAAUACGACAACAUCAAAAAAGAAAAUCAACAGUGGUUCACCCCCAAGCCGAAAGAUGCCAUUAACUCUAUUGGGCGCUACGACAUAAAUUCGGUUAUGCAUUACAACGCUUACGCUUUCGCCAUCGAUUCGUCAAAACCGACCAUGGUUUCAAAAACAGGAAAGACAACGAUGGGAAACAGAAAUGGACUUACUGCGACUGAUGUCGAAAAACUGAAGAAAUUGUACUGCAAAUCUUAGUUCUCUUCAUCUUUGGGAUUACGAUUUCCGAGUACGAUCAUUCGAACGCUC